AUGUUUUUUUUUUGUAACAAAAAUCUGUUAAAUUGUAUGAGAAGCUUUAUAACUUUAAAUGGUGUUCUAUAUGCUAAAAGGACUUGGCAAACCAAUAUGAAAAGGAAAACUUAUAGAUCAAAGAAAAGAAAAAAAUAUAUAAGAUUAGGAGAAACAUUAAUUCGAAUUCAAUAA